AUGAAUUUAACGGAAAACAAUAUUUUUGACUUACUAUGUAUGAAAAAUUAUGAAUAUUACUCCAAACAUUAUGACUUUAAGAAUAUUGAAAGAAGACCGACGUCCUUCAAUAAUAACGGGAAUAUAUGUUACUGCAAUGCAUCAUUACAGCUACUUCUGUCUAUCAAGCCGUUGUGUAUAUAUCUAUUAAAAAAUUUCAAUAAAAUCUAUUAUAAUACAAAGUCUAAGUAUAAAGGAGAAAUUCUAAGAACACUAUUUGAUUUAGUACAAGAAUCAUAUGAUAUGCAUAAAAAUGAACUAUGUACAAAUAAACAUAUUAACAUAUUAAAAAAAAUAAGAAAAUAUAAUACAAAUAUAGUAAUUAAUGCACAAAAUGAUGCACACGAGUUCUUACUAAUGCUAUUAGACUACAUCAAUGUGGAGUGUAAUAGAUAUAUAAAUGUUCCUGAAAAUUUUGAUAUUAAAUUAGAUGAUAAAGACAAUAAAGAAAAGGCUGGUGAUAAAUAUUGGGUUAAAUAUUUGUAUAAGGAUAAUAGUAUAAUAACUGAUUUGUUAGGGUUUCAAAACAUUUGUAGUAUUACUUGUAUUAAUUGUGGUCAUACUAGAUAUAGUUUUGAAUUUUGUAUUGAUUUAGGUCUAGAAUUUGAAGAUGAACAUAUGAAAAGUACAACAUUAAUAGACUUGUUAAGAAAUAAUAUAAUGAAAAAUGAUGAUUUAUGCAAUCUCGAUUGUAAUAUUUGUAAAUUAAAAAAUAGCAGCCGCAUAAAAAAAGGAAUUUACAGAAUGCCAAAUUUAUAUAUGAUUAUUUAUAUAAAAAGAUUUAAAUGGACAUAUGAAUGUACAAAUUAUUAUAAUAAUAAAAUAAAAAAAAUAGACACUACUGUUUUAUUACCAUAUGAUGGGUUAAUUGAUUUUACUUCAUUUUUACAUAUGUCCAAUCAUGAGUCUUUAUUUAACUCUAAAUAUGUAAUUGAAAGCAUUAUUUGCCAUAGUGGGAAUAGUUACAAUGGUCAUUACACAGCAAUUGUUAAAUAUAAUGAUGGGUUCUACAAAUGUAAUGAUGAUAAAAUUAAAAAAUUAACCAAUCCUUACAAUCCUGAAAACAUUAGCGACAUCUAUUUAUUGCUACUCAAGAGGGUUCUAUGA